AUGACUCAGGAGCAGUCCACCGUACCGGACCUCAACUCGCCACCCUUCUCGCGGUUGUUCGUGCUCUGCGGUAAGCAAAUUACUGCCGGCGCACUCGAGGAGUUCUUCGCCCCGUACGGCACAGUGGAACAGUGCCACAUCGUGCAGGAUCAAACAACCGGCCAGUCGAAGGGCAUCGGGUUUGUAAAGUUCCAGAAAACAUCGCAAGCCGCCCGGGCACUUAAGGAAGCGGACGGUAAGCACAUCGAGCCGGAACCGAAAGCGAUCAAAGUGGAGAUCGCUUCUAGCACGGUAGAAUCGAAACCCUUAGACUGCUUGCGCUUGAAGGUGAAAUGUCCCGCCGAACUGGACAGCGAUGCUGUAAAGGCAGAGUUUAGCAAGAUCUCGGCCGUCAACAGUGUGCAGCUGGUACCGGACAAAAAGUCACCGGGUAACAAUGUCGCCUACCUAACGUUCGAGUCCUUCCUCGAUGCGGCACUAGCGUUCGAAACGGCCAAAUCGGAACAUAAGGCGAAAUUUGCGAAGAUUAAACCGCGCAAGGUUAGUCUUGAAUCGCAGCCUCAGGAAGCGAGAGGCUUCUUCCGGCCAGUUACUCGACGUCGUUCGUCGGCCUUGCUGCCUCCGACCAAACUGACCGUACUGUGCAGUUCCACGUUGACGCAGAACCAGAUCUGGCGUCUGUUUGACAUCAUACCGGGACUGAUGAACUGCUCCAUAUCGCACGAUGGUGGGUCGGUCUCUUCCGCGACCGUCACUUACAAUAAUACGCAGUCAGCGAAGUAUGCCCGUGAGAAGCUGCACAAGUUCGAAUAUCCGAUAGGGGAGCGAAUUGUUGUAAGGGAUGGAAGUGAAUAA